AUGUCUCUAUGCUCCGAUAUUCAUGAGCCACCAUACAUAGUUCGACAAAGAAGGGACUCAAAGGCCCAGCCAAUCCGCAAGCGCAUCAUCAUCUGCUGCGACGGAACAUGGCAAUCCGCCGUCUCAGGGCAGAAAAAUGUCCCAUCUAAUGUGACACGUCUCUGCCGCGCUCUCAACAGUGUCGGAACCGACGAAGAUGGGAACCAAUGGCAACAAAUAGUCUGGUACGAUUCCGGAAUUGGCACGACUUCAGGUCCUUUGGGAAAAAAGAUCGAAGGCGCCAUUGGCCUAGGUCUGGAAGGGAAUGUUGUGGAAGCAUAUAACUUCUGUGUCCUGAACUACAGACCCGGUGACCAGAUUAUGUGUUUUGGUUUCUCUAGGGGUGCGUUCACGGCCCGGGCCAUUGCCGGUUUGAUCUCAGAUAUUGGUAUUUGCUGUAAACAGGAUUUGAACCGGUUUCCCGAUCUCUGGAAGGUUUAUAAGAAAAAUAAGCCCGGCGAACGGUUCUAUUGCAGUGAUCUUUGGUUUGAGUGGAUGGAUGGGAAGGCUGAUGAGAAUCAAGGCGCUCAAGGCCAGACUUUCGUAUUUGAAAAGCGUCCUGAGGGCGACUGGGCCCAGGAGGGGUCAAGGGAUGUCGAAGUUGUUGGCGUCUUUGAUACGGUCGGCGCUAUUGGAAUGCCUGAGGUACUGGGAAUGAAGCUGCCAUCGUGGAUCUUAUGGUGGUCGCCGCAUAAGGAUGGGUGGGAAAAUGUCGGACUUUCACCUAAUGUCAAACAUGCAUUCCAGGCUUUGGCCCUCGAUGAACACCGCAACGCUUUUUCGCCUACCCUGUGGUAUCUCCACAAAUUUGGAAAUGUCACUUCGGAGCAGAUACAAACCCAGAGGAGAAUGGUUGAUCAGAAAGCUCAAAAAUGGGACGAGAUCUUGCAAGGCGCGAUCCGCCUCAAGGGCAGUGGCGGAGCUACUGACGAGGAUGUGAACAACGCAGCUCGAAAGCUAAACGAGACCGCCAGAGCCUUAAACCAGGAGACUCGAAAGCUCAUAAAGUUGGAAGACGACCAUAAGCAUCAGCGCCACCCCCGAACAUUGAAACAAGUGUGGUUCCCCGGGUAUCACAUUAACAUCGGUGGAGGCUCGAGUGAAACACUCCAAGAUGAGGGUGACAUGGAAGAAAUGUCUAAUAUAACCUUCUACUGGAUGCUGGAUCAGAUCAGACCCUACCUCUCGCUCAACGACGAGUCUCUCUCCGAUGAAAGAGAAGAGAGAGAAUACCACAUGUCAACGCUUCUUGAAGAUACAGUCAAUGCUGAGCCCUUGGGAGGUUGGGCCCAACGCAAAGCUGCAGCAAUAGCCUCAGUUUUCAAACCUUCCUCCACGUCCUCCGUCAAGUCUAUGGAAAAGCGACGCAACUAUGGAUGGGGAACAGGCCCACUGGAAGACAGCUUUACGGCAUUUUACUACGCCAACGGCUCGAAGAGACGCACGCCUGGAAGCUACGAUCCCUUCGACAAAAAUGGAAAGCUACUGGGGGAGACUUUUGAGUUUAUUCAUCCAGUGGUGGGAUUUAGGGAGAAGCAGAUCAAGGACUACACGCCGAUUGGACCUAAUGUCAAGUUUAACCGUCGGAAGGAGGUUGACGAGAAAGGUCAGCCUUGUUAUGUCUAUGAUCUGGGAAAUGCGCGCAAGCCCUUGCCCGAGUGGCGCUUAGGAGGAGUUGACUCUUAUGAGAGGCUCGCCAUCACCGGCAAGGCCGCAUAUGAUUAUGUCGACGAACUUGAUGUAUAUUUGAAGACUGGAAUCAAGAACCCCCGCCGGUCUAUCUGGGGAACUCGAGAUAUUGACCUUGGGAUUGAAGUGCCUGAAGUCACUGAGCCUGAAGCUGAAGCUACUGGACUCACAGCUGGGGGCCUGCAACCGGAGUUCACAUCGGAGAAAUCCCAACAGAGAAGUUUCCAAUUGACCGGUUUUGGGACCAAAGGAAUGCAAUUGAGGAGCACAGAGAUCUCAUACACUGAGGAGACAGUAACUUUGAUGUGA